AUGACGAAUUUCAAGGCCGCUUCCGAUGGCGCGCCGGCCGCUGCAGCCAGCAGUGUUGAUUUUAUCGCCUUCUCUGCUGUUAACGAGGCUGCCAUUCACCUUCUCGAGACAAUACAGUGCAAAUCAUCGCCUCCAACUCUAAAGAGCAACGAGAACGAAAUCGGGUACCGGUUAUCGAUCCGAUUACCUUGCGACGAGAUCAGGCCUGAAGACUUCAGAUGGAGCAUUGGGGCCGGUCCAUCUCCGGCCAUGGUUGAGAAGCGCUUAUGCCGCCAUCGUCAACCAGAUAUUCUCCUGUGUCCGCCAGGAAGGACGCCGAGCUCUGCAGCAGUUCGCCGGUUCAUCAAAGACAUGCACGCCAUGGUUCAUUUCCACCCGCAAUCUGGCGUCUUGCUGCUCAGGUCGAUCUCUGGUCGGCCAAUCGUCUACGAACAGGGCGACGUGGAUGAUGAAGAUUUGAUACUGGAUGUGAUGGCGCAUCAAGGCACAUGCGUCCUCAGACGGAAGCGGAAUUAUCUUCGUUUCGGCGAAUAUCGCUUCGCAUUGGAAUUCGUCACCACAGACGAAGACCGUGCUAAGAUUUCAGAACAGCUGGACAAGAAUCUCUAUUGCUGCUACAAUGGUUGCCGACCCUCUGAACUGCUUAACUUUAUACCCAUACAUCCCUCUGAGACUUCCUGGAACGUUUGGCUGCACCGAAAGAUCCCCAAUACAUCAAUCACUGCGGGCGUCCAUAUUAUCACGGGACAGCCGGUUGCAGUUAAGGAGCUGCAAGUCAACUCUCAGACGCGAGAGGAUGUGCUUCAUCGCCUCCAGUUCGCCUGUCAGUAUUCCAGCAAAUCGGAUCAGGGCGUUCUGGGCAUCAUCGACACUUGGUGCGGACAUAACACAUCGCCCCCAUGUCACCUCAGCGAGAAUGAGACCGCGAGCGAGGCAUCCGAUCACUGCCAUCAGUUAUUCUAUUCAAUGCCGCUUGCCAAAUACAACUUUCUCAACAUGCCUUGGGCUGAGGUUCAAGCUAAAACCCGUCUUCUUUUCUUCUACCAAACUCUUGCUGGGCUCGCCGAGCUCCAUCGACAAGGAAUCACACAUGGAAAUAUUCAACCCGACUCGCUGUUUGUCCUGCCCAGUAUCCAACCCUCACCGACGGUGGAUCGCUCUGUGCCUAAGAAAGCGGUUAUAUCGCUUUAUAUGAGGCAGAAAACGGGCACGCCAAAGCCGAGCAUCUAUGUUGCUCCAGAGAUAUGGCGCUGUCAAAACUCCGUGGACAAAGCAAAAGCUGACAUAUGGGCUCUUGGCGCCUCUUGGCUUUGCGCUUUCUUCCAACUCCCCAGCGGCGUCAAGGUGACCAGGGACUCUUACCGAGUCCUACAAAAGAACAUUGAUGCCCAGGCCAAAGGGCGCCUUAUCAAAGAGCCAUUCGCGAAAUUACUGCGGAAAAUGCUCGCCUGGGAGUCGACCGACAGACCAGGCGCCGAGGAAUUGCUUGUAGAUGUGAUAUGGCAACCUGCGCUUGCACGUGCUCGAUUCAUCGAGGCGAGCAAGAAGCGGAAGCGAAUGGAGGAGAUACAUCAGUCCUUCACACGGCCUAGGAGAGUAAGGCUGCUGUCUCCUGAUCAUACAUGA